AUGGCACAUAAAGGAUCCCUUGAAGCACUGGACAAGACCCUGAAAGACAUCAAGGGCUGUGUUUCCCUCCUGUAUGGUGAUUUCAGACAAACCCUACCCAUAAUUCCAAAAGGCACUAGAGCCGACGCUGUAAUCACUUGCAUUAAGCUAUCUUCCCUGUGGCAGGACGUGACGAUUUUGAUUCUUACAGCAAACAUGAGGGCCCAGCUUUUCGGCGACAACUUAUCGGGCGACUUCUCCAAGCAACUUCUCAAUGUUGGUGAUGGUACAACUCCCGCCGAUGCAGCUGGAGAGAUGAUUGUCUCACACGUAGACACACCUGUGGACACUGUGGACGACCUUGCGAUUGCUGUUUUUCCUGAUCUGCAUAUAAGAUACCAAAAUCUGAAUUGGUUGUGCGAAAGAGCCAUAUUAGCUCCCAAAAUCACAUUUGUUGCGAAACUCAAUGAAAACCUACUACGAAGCCUUCCUAGAAACCUUCAUACCUGCAAAUAUGUGGACACUGUUGUGGACGAAGAAUAG